CACCUCCAACUAUUUCCGGCUGUAAAAAUAUGGCACGGCGAUAAUAACACGAAGUCGAUCUCUCGUCGCGGAUUUACGUGAAAUUUUGCCCGGGAUCGUUGUCGGGCACCCACAGCAUCGUCUGGGCGGAGCAUGUGCGUUUGACGCGCGUCAUUCGCAGCGUUGGAAGGACCGCAAUCGGUGACGGAGCGACCUAAAUAUGAGCAGCGACGUAUCGCCUUCCUGACCCUUCGAGCAACGCCAGAUAAAAGUGUAUAAUGUCAGGUGCAUCUGAGGAAGCAUCGGAUGCAAUGGAAGGCAGCCUUCCUGAGGCUGCAGUACACACAAAGGAAACAUGUGAACAGAAUAAGAAUCAAUUGGAAUCUCUCAAGGAAAUUAUGAUGAAAAAUCAACAAAGUUUAAAAAAGAAAGAGGAGGAGGUCCAGGAAUAUGCACGAAGAUUAUCAAAAAUCAAAUCCAGAGCCAAAUUGUCACGUCGUAGUAAAGAAGGGAAUUCAUCUAAAGACACAGUACAUACACAUAAGACUGAAUCUGUAGCAAAAGAUACAACAGAUGAUUCAAUCGAUGACAAAAGUCAAGCAAAUACCCCACAGGCAAAAUCUUUUCUACUUCAAAAAAAAUUAGCGGAAAAUAGGAGAGUAUUUGAGCAACGUAAUAAGGAAUUGACAGAAACGAAACGAGUAAUGGAGGAAAAAGUGGAAGCUAUUAGGCAACAGUUGGAUGAAACAUAUUCAGGGACAGAAAUAUGCAAGGAUCAAUUGGUUGUCACACCAAUUAGGCCUCUUGUGGUCACUUCAGAUGUAAUGACACCAGUUCAAAUUCAGGAUAUUCAAGAAAAGGAGAAAAAGAUUGUAGAUCUGAAUAGUAAAAUUGUCGAGUUGGAAGCUAUCAUCCUAGACCUUCAGGAAAAUUUAAAGGAGAAGGAUUCUGUAAUUGAUUCUAAAACGAAAGCGGUGACUCUCAUGUCGGCGGAUCUCUCUAGGAAGGGUAAAACGACAUUGGAUACUCUCGAAGAUACGAAAGACGAAAUGCGAACAAUGCAGGAGAAUUUUAUCUUGAUAGAAACUUCUUUGAAAGAUAAAAAUAUCAGUCUGUUGAAACAAUUGCAAGAACGAGAUAACAAAAUAUCGGAAUUGGAGCAUACAAUCAAUAGAUUUGAAGAGCAGUUGAAAGAACAAAAAAUAGCUGAAUCAGCAAGUGCGGAUUUCUCGCGUUCCACUAUGGACACUUUAGCGGAAACUAAAGAUGCGAUGAAGUCAAUGCAGGAAAAUUUCGUUCUCAUUGAAUCCUCGUUGAAGUUGAAGAACGAUAAUCUUCUUCAGCAAUUGGAGGAGUAUGAAGUAAAAUUGGCAGAAUCUAAAGAAAGAAUUUUUCAAUUAGAAUCAGACGCCGGUAUAGUGACAACACCGGCAGUCGAGGAUUUACAAUUUAAAAUAGAAAAAUUGACACAGAAUAAUCGACAGCUUCUGGAUGAAAAGUACCAAUUGCAAAAAAAUGUCGCCGACUUGCAGGAUAAGAUUAUUGCUAGCAAGUCGACUCAAAGUAACGAUGCAAUUAUUGAAAAAGAUAAUAGAAUAGCAGAGCUUGAAAAUUUGAUAGAAGAAUUUAAACAAUCGAACGAGUUGCUGAAAGAAGAAUCGAAGACCGAGCUGCAGAAACAAGUGACUGAAUUGUCAUCUAAAAACGAAGAAUAUUUCAACAAGAUUACCGACCUCGAGAAGCAAGUGCAUAAACUGGAAGCGGAAAAGAACGACAUGACAGCAAGAUUAUCAACCGAGAGGACGGUACCUAAGGAAGAUGAUAUGGUGAUAAAGUUGAAAAAGGAAUUGGAGGAUUUAAAUAAAGGCAUGAUUAAAUUAAAGGCUCAGCAUAGAAGUAAAGUGAAAAAUCUGCAAAAACAACUGGAGGAUUUCAAAAUGGUAUCCGAUACGAAUGCGGAACUCGUUAGAUUGGGCAAUCAAGUGGCAUUAUUAGAGGAGGAGAAAGGUAACCUUCAGCUGAGUCUGGUAGACUUUGACGAGCUUAAAGCCUCGGCAGGAGAUUGGCAAGAACGUGUUGCUGACCUGGAAAAUAAGGUUUCAUCUCAGACAAAAGAAAUACAGAUGCAUAUUGAUGCAAUCGCCACCUUAGAGAAUCAAAAGCUAGAUCUAAUGCAAGAACUUCACACGGUGAAGCAAGAAGUUUUGGCAUUAGAAGCUGAAAACGCAGAGUCUGAAAAUCUCAGAGUGACUGCAGAGAUGAAGAUUGUCGAGCUGGAGGAACAAUUGGAAGCUGUGCAUAAAGAACAAGGCGAAAAUAAGCUCCAGUCUCUAUCCGAAUCUGAGUCCACUGAGCUUCUGAAGAAGCUCGAUAUUUUGACCCAGGAAAAUUCAGAAUUAUACAGUAAAUUAAACAAAAUAGAAGAAAAGGGCGCUUCAGAUGCUGGUUCGACAGAAUCUUUCGAAACCAUUCACGACAGAAAUGAUCUCUUGAAAAAGAUUGAAGACUUGGAACAGAAGAAUAAUGAGUUGACACUUAAGUUAACGAAGCUGGAGGAGAAGGAUGGCUCGCAUGCUGGCUCGACGGAGUCCUUCGAAACCAUAAACGAUACAGAUCGCAGUGAACUAUUGAAGAAAAUUGAACAGUUGACUCAGGAAAAUAGCGAUUUAACUAUCAAGUUGAGCAGAAUUGAAGAGAAAGGAUCUUCCGAUACGGGUUCCACGGAAUCUUUUGAGCGUAUUCCAGAGCAUAACGAUAGCUUGACAAAGAUUGAACUACUUACUCAAGAGAAUAGUGAGCUCGUUAUUAAGCUUACAAAACUGGAAGAACACUUGAAUCAAAUAGAGUCCAAUAACGCUCAGUUAAAUGUCUUUAAGAUUGAUAAUAGUUUAGAGACACUUAAAGAUGAUAGUAGCUUGCGAUUGCAAGUCGAGACACUCACCCAGGAACAGGAUAAUUUAAUGGCAGAGAUUGCUAAGCUCAAGAUGCAAGUAGGAGAUCUGCUGGAAGAAAAUAACAGAUUGCAGGAUCGCAUAGAAACGUUAACCACAGAGAAUACUGAAUUAGUUAUAAAUCGCACAAAGUUAGAGGAACAUCUCGAGGCGCAAUUGUCCUCCCAAAUGUCAGUUCAAAUAAUAGAAUAUACCGAUCAAAUUAAAAUUCUAAUGGACAGGCAACAGAUCCUUGAAAAAGAGCUGACACAAUUGCGAGAAGCUUCAGUAGAGCAGUCUGUCAACAUAACAUCAUGCGAGACUGAUGAUGCCAAGUCUAAAGUUGUGUCUUUAGAGAAGGAAAAUGCGCAAAUGAUUUUAACUAUUACACAGCUCGAGGAACACAUCAACAAUCAAAGAGAAGAAUUGAGUAAAAUUACUCAAGAGAAAGAAGAGUUGAAUCUAAAGUUGGAACACACGGCCUAUGAUGAUUUCUCCAGAGAAAGAUUGGACCUCAUCGAUAAAUUAGAGAAGUUGAAUCGCGAGAAGGAGAGCGUAGUUCACGAGAGGCAAGAGUUGCAUGAACAAAUUAGCUCGCUUUUACAGAAAUCAUCUGACGAGAUAUCAGAGAUGCGAAAGGCGGAGGAAGCUGCCUGCCAGGAGUCCCAAAUUGAGAUUAUGGCAUCCCUGGAAAAAGAACUUGAAAAUAACAGGGUAUUAAUCGCGGAAUAUAAAAACCAGGUGGAAGAGAUGAACAUGAAGCUGCAAAGCAUGGAGGCAGAAUUGCAAAUAAAAGCUAAACAAUUGCUAGAGUAUGAGACGUCGAAUACAAAGGUGGAGAGUUUGCAGCAAGAAUUGAACGACAUGUUUAAUACUGCAGAGGAGUGGAAAUUCAAAUAUGAUGAUAUGCAAGUAAAGAUGCAAAUGAUGGAGCAGGGAAAGAUCUCGAUAGAGGAAGCCUUGAAGACACUGGAAAAUGGUAAUAAAGAAUUGCUGGAAGUGAUAAAGGAGAAAGAUGCGGCAACUUCUUCUCUACAACAUCAGUUUGAAUUCACUAUAAGCUCGCUCGAAACGAGAUUACAAGACGAAGUGACAGCGAAGGAACAUGAAAUCACGCUCUUGAAGGUAGAGAUUGAAAAGAAAGAUGAAGAAUUGCAUACUAAAUAUGCGCAAUUGCAAAAUGGAAUGAUUACCAUAGAUAAUUUGCAAGACGAGUUGUACAACUAUUCAAUCAAGCUUAAAGAAAAUGAGGCCGCCCUAUCCUCAUCAUCAGGAGAGAUUGCGAGGCUUAAUGGCACGAUAAGGGAGAGAGAGGAGGAUAUUCAUACCCUGAAAAACAAUAUUAGCAAAAUUACUGAAGCAUUAGAAUUGUCCAAGUCUUUAGAGGAAUUUAAUGAAAUAUCAGAAAGUUUGCGAAACAAAGAAACAAGUUACAUGGAAUUACAGGAGAAGCACGAAGACGUCUUACGGGAAAACAGUGAGCUGUUGCAGAAGAUUGAAGAUAUAUCAAAAGAUAAUGAAUGUAUUAAAAAUGAAUUAAUAAACAAGGAACAGGAAAUCAACAGUUUGCUUGCUGAUAAAAAGGAAUUGGAUGUACAAAUUGAAGAAAUAAAAAACAAUAAAAUUGAAGCUGAAAAACGACUUUGGGAAUUGCAAAAGAUCUUGGAGACCCAAACCACGUACGCUGAAAAUAUGCAAUCGGAAUUGACAAAUGAAUACAAGCAGAUGGAACGACUUAAAAUUAAUCACACGGAGGAAAUGGCAAUGCUGAACGCAAGACUAGAAAAUGUCAUUGAAGAACUAGUCGAGAAGAUGCAGGAAAACGAUGCUAUGAAAGCUAAGCUAGAAGAGAAGCAAGACCUAGAAGAGAUAAAGACCAACUUGGAGAGCAAAGUCGUGGAAGUGGAACAGAGGCUUUCAGACUCGGAUAAGAAGCUUCAUUUGCAAUCUGAAAAAAUGAAGAAGAUCGUGGCGACUUUCAACAAGAAGAAGCUAGCGUGCCAGGAGCUCGAAGCUCGCGUCGCCGAAUUGGAAGAAAAAUGGUCGACGGAAAAAGACGAGAAGGAAGUUAAAAACAAACAAGUCCAGGAGGUGGAGAUUUCCAUGCGAGAAAAGGACAACAAGCUCGUCGGCUUGGAAGAGAAACUGACGCAGCUGAAGAACGAAGCUACGGAGGCUCUCGCCAGCUCCGAGAAGUUCGCGAAGGAAUCUUCCAGUUUGAAGGAGAAGAUGGCAGUGCUGAUGGAACACAACACGGAGAUGGGCGAGGAGAUUGAGAGGCAACGUGCAGAGAUAGAGCGUAUCUCUCUUGAACUGGCGACGGAGAAAACAGCGAGGGACAAUAUCAUUGGGGAAUAUGACCUCUACAAAGAAACCACGAGCAAGGAAGCUGAAAAAAAACAGGCAAUCUUGGACGACAUCAAAGAGGAGGCCCGGGAACUGAGCGUGCGUAUGCAAGUGAUGGAGACCGAGUACGUGGGCCAACUGGCCACGAUAAGGAAUUUGCAGACGGAGAACGGCCUCUUGUCUUCUAAGCAAGCCCAGAUCGAUGAGAAACUGGAGAACGCCGAGAAGGAAUCGGAAGAUCGUCGGGUGCUGAUCGAGAAGCUACAGAAGGAGAUUGCGUCUAUGACUGCCCAAGCCUCGGAACAGGAUGCAAGGGAGGACGACGUGGAGAAGAUGUCGCAACAUUGCCAUUCGGAGCAGUGUCAGAAUUUGAUACAAGCCUUGGAGGCUCGUCUACAGGAGCGUCAGGCGGAGAUUGAGAAUCUGAACAACGAGCUAGCUAAUUCAUACGGCAAUAUCGUGUUACUUCACGAUGAGUCCCAGAGGUACAACGAUAUGAUGAUGCAGACUGCUCAGGAACGUUUUAAUCGGUCGCUCAUGGAUCAAACGAAUACGUUGCAGCAGGAGAUCGAGGCCUUGAGAAGCGAAAAAUCCAUGAGUGAGCGGAAAGUGUCGGAAUUGGAAUCUAAAUUGGAAAGAUAUAAAGGUAAGAGCGAGGAAAUUGAAGUUCCAGGAACUGUUGAGACUUCUGUCACUGAGAGUCAGCACCAACAGAAGCUUGAUGAUGCCUUGGAUGAUGAUAAGAAGGAAAUAGAGCGAUUACAGAGCUUGCUAAGUGAGAAACAGAAUCAAUGUUCUCAACAUAAGAGAGAAAUGGAGCUUUUACUUCAAAAUGUAGAAGAAGAAAGAUCGCAUGGAGACUUACAGAAUCAAUUGGAGGAUUCGCAAAGUGAGUUGAAGAAGGUACAUCAGCUUCUUUCCGAGAAAAACGCACAGCUUGAAUCAUUAAAUUGGGAAUUGGAGAAAGUGACUUCUCAAUUGAACGAACUCAAAGCGUCGCAGGAACAGCAUGAUAUCGUUAAAGCAGAAUUGGAAAGAUUACGUCAAGUUGUGGUCGAGAGAAAUGUACAGGUAGAUUCGUUGACUACAGAAUUGAAUGCUGUUAAUCAACAAGUGACUUUACAGUCCCAACAAUAUGCGGAUUUGGAGACCAGUCUGCGAACAGAGAUCUCGCUUAAAGACAAUGAAAUCACUGCGAUAAGAACAGAACUGUCUUCCACAAGAGAGACUACACAGAUAUUAAUAGCGGAAAGAGAUCAGCAAAAUCAAGCUUUAGAAUUGUACAAGCUUCAGAUUGAUAAUCUGACGGCAGAAGCCAGGAAAGUCAAUGCUAAUGAUUCAAUACAAGAGACAAGUCAAGGUAAUCUGCAGAUUGACUUAGAGAAAGCUUUACAAGAGAGGGAUCAGGCGCAAGUAUCGGGAAUAGACAAAGACAGUUUGAAGGAGCUUCCUUCUAUGGAAAAAACGAUUUCACAAGAAUCAGCACAAGUCCUUACAGCUCUCGAACAACCGAUUAAUCAAGAACCUAUACAACCUCCCAUUGAAAAAGAAACCCAACCAGAUGUUCAGUUAAAUAUUGGCUGGGAUUCUGAGCCCGGGGAAGAGUCUUGGGGUUGGGGUUUGGAGGAUACGUCGGUAAUUCUAAGUGUCGAAACCCAAUUACACCUGCGAAUAGAAGACUUGCAAGCCAAGAUAAAAGAUCUAGAAGAGCAAAACGCCAAGAUUACCGAGGAGAGUAAAGCGGCUCAGAUAAAGAGCGCUAAAUUGGUGAAAAAAUUGAAGGAGUAUAAAGUGCAGAUGGAGAGCUUGCAACAACAAUUGAAGACGCAGAAGCAGGCUGGCAGCUUCUUCGACCUGGACACGGCGAUCGAGGAGGAGCUGAAGACGCAGAUCGUCAAUUUGGAGAAAGCUCUGAAGGAAAUUAAAGAGGAGAAGAAAAAUAUUAUUGCCGAAAAAGAGGCUUUACUGAAGCGACUCGACAUGUUGGUGUCUGCCAAUGAAAGGUACAUGGAAAUGAAGGAGAAACAGGACAUGGAAGUCGAAGUAUUGCGUAUUCAGAACAAGGAACUAGGCAAUAAAGUGCAAUCCUUGGAGUGGCGAUUACAGGAAAAUGCAACCGACGUGCAAGACACUUCUUUUUCGCAACAAGAAGAUCAGAUCGACCCAAAUCACCCCCAGAAAAGAUCAGUGGAAUCUACUGAUGACUUUGAAGCGACGUCGAAGAAGUACAAAGAGGAAAUAGACGAUCUGAAGGACGAAUUGGAGGCGCUUGCGGCGGAAAAUGAACAAUUGCAACGCUUCUUGGAAGUACAGAAGGCGACGAUGGCUAAUUUGGAGGCGAAGGCUACUGACAACUCUGGAGAACUCGUGGAAAAGUUAGAUACGUUGAAUAACCAAAAUGCGGCCCUAGAAAGCGCUUUAAAUAAAGGCAAGGAAGAAUACGACGUGCUCAGGAAGCAGUUCGAGCAGAGUCUAAUAGACGCGAAUGAUCAAGUGGCAGCGAUGCGACAAAAUAAUGAUUUCCUCAAAGCUGAAUUUCUGGAGAAAAUCGAUAGAUUAGAAACGGAGAUAAAUAAUUUACAGAAAGCUCUAGAAGAGAAGGAGGUCUUGGAAGAGAAGCUCAACGCUCUGAUGAAUCUCGAGGAAAAAUCCUCGACCAUUAAUACAUCUUUAAUGGAAGUCACGGAAUUGCUCAACGCCAGAGUUCAAGAGGUCGCUGAUCUGAAGCAAGAGCUUCAAGUUCAGUACGUGGAAAGGGAAAGAGUCGAAGCGACGCUACAAUCGGACCUACAAACCUUGACGAAAGAAUUAGACGAGAGGAAACAAGAAUUGACAGUCUUGAAGGAAGCAUUCACCAACAAGGAACACGAGCUGAUCCAGCAGAAGAGCGUGGAAACGGUGAAUGCCAUCAUCAGCGAAGCUACCCAGGAAUUAAUCCAGAAGCAUGCGAUAGAGGUCGAAGAAAAAGACCAAGAAUUGCGCGAUCUAAGGGAAAAGUUAACGACAAUGCAAGCUGCGAUUGACGAAUACACCCUGAAGUUGCAAGAUAGCGCGGCCAAGUUGGAAAUGCAACAACAACAAAUCGUGUAUCUGAAGGAAGAUCUAACAGAGCGAAAUUCAAUAAUCGGAGCCACUCAGGCUGAUGCAAAUUUGCUGAACGAAAAAUUGCGAGAGAAGCAACAAGAGCUGAUCCAAUACGAAGAGGAGAAGACGUAUCUUGAGGCAAAAAUAAAAGGAUACUUAGAGGAGCUCGAAUAUCUGAAGAACCAGUUGGACGCCAGGGAAGCAACCGUGGUUAAUUUACAAGAGUGCAACUCGCACAUUCAUACCUUGCAGCAAGAAAUCCAGGCUCUAAAAUCCGAGAAAGAGUCGAUCCUGUUGCAGUAUGAUCAAGAAACGAAGGCGUAUCAAGCUCGUCUGGAGAAAGAUAACCAGCAGGUUGACGCUUUGAAGCAAGACCUGCGAGAGAAGACUGAACAAUUGCACUACCUAAGCACCCAAUUAUGCGCCAAGGAGAAUGAUUUGGAAGGCAUCAAGGCCAUGAUGAGUGACAAAGAUUCUUUGUUGGAGAUCAUGAGUCAGGAAUUAAACGAAAAACGAGGCGAUUUAGAAAGAUUGUGCAAUGAACAGCUGCAGAAUUCUCAGAUGGUUGAUAGUCUUGCCUUCAAGACGGGAAAUGACGACGAUGCCGAGCUGCAAGGCACCAUAGACGAGCUAAAGGCGCAGAUGGAAGCUAAACAGCAAGAGUUGGAGCAUCUCAAGUAUGUCUUGAGCGAGAAUACGUAUCCCACAAUCAUUCAGCAAAUGCAAGAUAGGAUUAAUUGUCUGUACAAUGAGAAAGCUACCCUGGAAACCUCCUUGCAAGUAGCUUCGCAGACCCUGACGGAGAAGCAGGAGCAAGUAAAUGCUUUGCAACGCAUUCAUGAUCAGAACCAGGAGCAUAUUUCCAAGGAGGAGUCCAAUUCGCUCUCCAGGGACCGAAGAUCCGCGCAAGAUCAAGAGGAAAUCGUCAGAUUGCAGAACGAGCUUCAUGCGAGGGAGCAGGAAAUUAACGAAUUAAAGUACGUCAUAGCUGAAAAGGACUCGCAAUUGUGUCUGCAAGCCAGUAUGGAGCCCCAAUCGGACGAGUUCGAAUUGCGCGAAGCCGUGCAGCGAUUGACGGGAGAGAUCUAUGGCAAGGAACAGGAGGUGCAAACGUUAAAGUCAACUAUCGUGGAGCUACAAGAGAGAAUCUUGCAUCUGAAAGACUUGGAGAGGCUCUCCGAGGAGAGUAAAAAUGCCAUCGAGAAGCUAACUUCGGAAAAAGAGCAGAUCCGUCUCGAGGCUGAAGAGUUCCUCACCAACGAGUUGCGAAAGAAGGAAUCCGAGAUCGAUGAGAUCAAGAGGAGACUAUCAGAGGAAAAUCAUAAGUUGCUGGCGGAACUUGAACUGAAAGAUAAGGAUAUCGCGAAUCUGAAGAUGCAGUUGGAGGAAGUGCAGGUAAUUGUGAAUGAUCGAAGCAAUAAACUGGAACAGAAGGAAAACGCACUGAUUCGUGCAACCGACGACCUGGCGGAGAAGGAGAGGAGACUGGCCGAGCUGAGCAUCACCAAAGAUGCCGAACUUCACGACUUGAAGAUGCAGAUUCGUGAGAAAGAGGCGCGUAUAGAGGAGCUCUUGGCCUUGUCCACGGAAGAGGAGAGACAACUGGACGAGCUGAGGUAUAUAUUGGCGACUAGGGAAACAGAGAUGAAUCAGCUGAAGGAAUUGUUGGAGCAGAAGGUAUCCGAGUACGAACUGAUGCAACACGCCUUGAAGAAAGAUGCGUCCGUCGUCGAGAUUGCGUCCAAGGAUUCGGAAAGCGUUCAGACAGUCGACAACAUGGAGACCACUUCCAGCGAGUUGGAUCUUGCGCUAUACAUGCUUCAUCAGAGAGAUGUCAGAUGCGAGGAGUUGACUCACGAACUAAUGCAAUUGCUCGAAGAGCGAGAUACGCUACAACUGCGACUGUCUAAUGCGAUUCGAGUGAAUGAAGAAUUGAGAAGGAUGGGUAACGUUGAAGGGAGCCCAACAAAAGACUUAUCAUCGGCCUCGCAAACGGUGAUUGAACCCAUCGUGGAACAACCUUCGCCUUCGAAGUCCGAGGGACCAGUUGAGAUCGCAAAAGAAGCCAUUGAUAUCCCGAUCGAGGACAAAGAAGCUCUUGCAUUGAAAUUGUCGCAGUUGCAUUCAGUCAGUCACACGAAGGACGUGCGAUUAAAGGACGAACGGGAGCUGAGACAUACGCAACAAAUGUCUUUGUUAGCGCACAGAGAUGUUUUAAGUACAUUGCCACCUGAAGCAGCCGCGAGGCUGGUCAACGCUAAUUACACCCUCUCUCGAGAUGUUCAGAGCCAGUCGAGUGUGCUUUUGAAUUGGUUGUGGGGCAAGAGCACGCCGAAGGUGGUGCACAUGUGAUGAAUGACUAGCGGGAAUCAAACGGCCAUCGUUUUUGCCUUCUGAAGACAUUCCUGCCAAGUGCCAACUGCCAAGACUUAUUUCUGCAGUUAACUAAUAAUGGAACGAUCUGUCGUGUGUAUUUUCCAGACAGAAAUCGUUUAAUUGUAUGCUAACGAUUAUAAGCAAUUAUUUUGCAAAAGUAUUGCCUGAUAAAAUAUUGUUAGGGAAGACAUAUUUUUCAAAUUACAGAGAGAAUGUACAGAAUGUAGAGGUAGAUAGUGUUUUUCUUGGAAAAGUUGCUCCUCUUCGAGAAAGAAAAGAUUAUAAGGAGUAGACUUACAUGUAUUAUAAUGUUGUACAGUCGAAACAUGAGAUAUAUAAACAUGAUGGAAUCGAAAAUAAUUUAAAUAAUAUAUUUCUGCUCUUUUUUUAUUCGAUGACUAAAAUUAUUUAGCAAUGUAUAUGCAAUGCGAUAUAUGUCAAAAUUAUGUUGGAAUUUUUUUUUGUGUUUUGAAUGCGUGUCGAAAUCUUUAUUGAAAAGUUGCCGUUUUAUUUUGUCAAAUUUUCUCAUUAAUUUAAUAAUUAUGUAUUUUCUUUGUGUGAAUUAUCUACGAUUUUGUCUUCCGGCUUAUUGAUGCAUUUGUAAUACUAUUAUUGGUCAUACAUCGAAGGGAAGCUACACAAGACGAAUCAUAGAUAAUGCAGAUGUAAUUCGUGAUAAUUGUAAAUUAUUCAAUCAUUCUAUUUCCAUAAAAUUUUGUACAGAGAAAGAUAAAUAUCAAU